UCAGUAUUUGUCAAAAUGCAUAGAGUGGUAGCAUUGUUGGUUUGUCUGGUUGUUGGGGCCAGGGCUGGAACCGUUUCCGUAGCCCCCAAUCGGUAUGAACGUGAGGGUCGCAUUGUCGGCGGCGAGGAUACCACAAUUAGGGCGCAUCCCUAUCAAGUCUCAUUGCAGAAGAAAGGUGGCUCUCACAUGUGUGGCGGUAGUUUGAUCAGUCACAAUAUUGUGGUAACUGCAGCACAUUGUCUUCAGGGCUAUAAGGCAUCCACGUUUUGGGUGCGUCUAGGCUCUACGCUCUACAAUGAAGGUGGAGUGCGUAUUGCCGCCGAAAAAAUUAUCUACCACGAGAAGUACGACCAUCAGACAAUGCAGUUCGAUGUGGGUCUGAUCAAGUUAACCGAGAGUGUGCUGGAGACUGAGGACAUACGUUACAUAGAGCUGGCUAGAACAACACCAGAGACUGGUACUCCAGCUGUGGUCACCGGCUGGGGCUCCAAGUGUCAUUUGUGGUGCAUGUCCUUGCCCAAGGUCCUGCAAGCUGUCACCGUUUACAUUGUGGACUGGAUGAAGUGUGCAUCUGAUGCUUAUAAAUACGGUGAUAUCGUCAAGGACACUAUGGUCUGUGCCUACGAGAAGAAGAAGGAUGCCUGCCAGGGUGAUUCCGGCGGUCCGUUGGUGGCCAACGAUCAACUGGUUGGUAUCGUAUCCUGGGGCUACGGUUGCGCCUCCGAUCUGAUGCCCGGUGUCUAUGCUGAUGUGCCUACUCUGCGCGAUUGGAUCAUAGAAACAUCCAAAGCUUUGCAGAAUUAGUUUUUAAUAAAUGAAAACAGUUGAGUUGAUACAAAUAAAUAAUAUUCGAACCAUAA